ACGGCUACGGCAAUUUCAAAGCGACCGAAAUGAACGCCGAAAGGGGGCAAACGAGAAGUAGUUUGGCCCGGUUCGCGUACCGUUGCGGCCGAACUUCGCGCGAAGGAUUGUGGGUGCGAUUUCCAUGUGAGGCUAAGAGAGACGCGAAACGUGUUUGGUUUCUUUGAACUGUUCUUCAGUAAGACUUUCAAAAUGUCAUCCAAACAAGAAAUAAUGAGUGAUCAGCGAUUUAGGCGGAUUUCAAAGGAUCCUAGGUUCUGGGAGAUGCCGGAAAAGGAUCGAAAAGUCAAAAUUGACAAGAGAUUUCGAGCCAUGUUUCAUGACAAAAAGUUCAAAUUGAACUAUGCAGUUGAUAAAAGAGGACGCCCUAUCAAUCACAGCACUACUGAGGACUUGAAACGUUUCUAUGACCUUUCAGAUUCUGAUUCUGAUCUCUCUGAUGAAGAUAGCAAAGCAUUAAAUCAGCAGAAAAUAAAGAAGAAGAACCAUAAGACAAAAAAAGAAAUAGAUUCAAAAAAUACGAUUGAGGAAAAAAAGGAAACCAAAAAUAUUAAUCAAAAGGAUCCUGGAAAUAAACAUGAUUUAGUUAAUUCUGAGAGAAUUAAGGAAAUCAAAAGCUUGGAUAAAUUUAAGACGAUAGAUUCAGAAAUAAAUUCUAAGAAGAACAGCAGAGAACUUAGACAAACAAGUACAAAACAGAAAAAAAGCAUUACUGAAAAUAGAGAUUCUUUUCCCAAAGGGCAACUAAAGACGGACCCAGGUACCUCUAAAAUUGUGAAAUCUCCCAGCAUCAGUUAUUCUAAGACAAAAAGAGAAAAACAAUCAGAGAUUCUGGUCUUAAAAGCAAGAGAUAGUGAUGGUAGCGUGUCUGACAAAGACGCUCUAGAGGAAGAUUCAGACAGUGCUGAUGAAAUAGGAAGUGAUGAGAAAUCUGAAGAUGAAAUCACAGGUGGCAGUGGAGCUUCAGCUGAUGAUGGAAGUGAAGAUGAAGAAGAUGACAGUGAGGAGGAGGAUGAAAGUGACAGUGGCCCUGAUCUUGCAAGGGGUAAAGGAAAUGUAGAAACUAGUUCUGAAGAUGAAGAUGACUUGGCAGAUUUAUUUCCAGAAGAACCUGGUUUUGAACAUGCUUGGAGAGAAUUAGAUAAAGAUGCUCCUCGAGCUGAUGAGAUUACACGUCGAUUGGCAGUUUGCAACAUGGACUGGGAUAGAUUAAAGGCAAAAGAUUUACUGGCUCUGUUCAACUCAUUUAAGCCUAAAGGAGGUGUUAUAUUUUCUGUAAAGAUAUAUCCUUCAGAGUUUGGAAAAGAGAGGAUGAAGGAAGAGCAAGUUCAAGGACCAGUAGAAUUAUUAAGCAUUCCUGAAGAUGCUCCUGAAAAGGACUGGACCUCUAGAGAAAAACUGAGAGAUUAUCAAUUCAAACGACUGAAAUACUAUUAUGCAGUAGUGGAUUGUGAUUCUCCAGAAACAGCAAGUAAAAUUUAUGAAGAUUGUGAUGGCCUGGAAUUCGAAAGUAGUUGUUCUUUCAUAGAUCUAAGGUUUAUACCAGAUGAUAUUACUUUUGAUGAUGAGCCGAAGGAUGUAGCCUUGGAAGUGGAUUUAACAGCAUAUAAACCAAAAUAUUUCACAUCUGCUGCAAUGGGAACAUCAACGGUGGAGAUCACUUGGGAUGAGACUGAUCAUGAAAGAAUCACAACACUCAAUAGAAAAUUUAAAAAGGAAGAACUUUUGGACAUGGAUUUUCAAGCCUACUUAGCUUCCUCUAGUGAAGAUGAAGAGGUGAUAGAAGAGGACCUGCAAGGUAAUGAUGAAGUUGGUGGAGAAGAUGAUGGGAAGACAAAAAAAAAUCAGAAGGAUGAUGAAGAACAGAUUGCUAAAUACAGGCAGCUCUUGCAAGUUAUUCAAGAGAAAGAAAAGAAAAGAAAAGAAAAUGAUAUGGAAAUGGAAAUUAAGUGGGUUCCAGGUCUUAAAGAAAGUGCAGAAGAGAUGGUAAAAAACAGAUUGGAAGGAAAAGAUAAACUGACUCCUUGGGAACAAUUUUUAGAGAAGAAGAAAGAGAAAAAAAGACUGAAAAAAAACCAGAAGGCUGUUACAGAAGAGACCAGUGAAGAUGAACUUCCUCCUGAUGUUGAUUUGAAUGACCCAUACUUUGCUGAAGAAGUUAAAAAAAUAGCUUUAAAGAAAAAAUCAGUGAAAUCUGUAAAAGAUGCCACCUCUCCAGAGGAAGAAACUGAAACAGAAAGACAAAAGGCUGAAAUGGCUUUGCUUGUGAUGGAUGAGGAGGAGGACAGCAAGAAACACUUCAAUUACAACAAGAUUGUAGAACACCAGAACCUGAGCAAAAAGAAGAAGAAGAAGCUUAUGAAAAAGAAGGAAUUAUUAGAGGAUGACUUUGAGGUAAACGUGAGUGAUGCACGAUUUCAGGCAAUGUAUACUUCCCAUUUGUUCAAUUUGGACCCUUCAGAUCCUAAUUUCAAGAAAACAAAAGCUAUGGAAAAAAUUCUUGAGGAAAAAGCCCGGCAAAGAGAACAAAAAGAACAAGAAAUUACUCAGGCAAUAAAGAAAAAAGAAAGUGAGACUGAAAAAGCAUCCCAAAAGAAGCCCAUUGAUCCUGCCUUGUCAGUGCUGAUUAAAUCUGUAAAAAACAAAACAGAACAGUUUCAAGCAAGAAAAAAGCAAAGAAUCAAAUGACUGGAUAUUGUUUCUUCUUAGAUUUAAAUGUGUUCUAAAGUAUACAAAAACAGAAAAGGGGACUUUAGAAAUAAAAUCCCGUUAUCACCUAAAAAAAUCUUUUUCUGACCAUAGUAAAAUUCCUUUCCAUGUAUACUUGUGCCUAAUUGUGGAUGAUUAAUUAAAUUACUUGAAUUACAAGAUUUAUAAAAUGUGUAUAUUUUAUGAAGGUCAGUUCUUACAGGUAGAAAGUUACUAGAAAUUAGCUUCUUCACAGACUGUUUCCAAUUCUGUAUAAAAAUACAGUGGUAUUUACUUGUAAGUGAAUGUUAGAGAUACUUUGAAAAUAUGUGUAUGUCAUCUCGGCCAUACCACUCUGAAUGCACCAAUCUCAUCUGAUCUCGGAAGCUAAGAGGGUCAGGCCUGGUUAGUUCUUAGAUGGGAAAAUAUGUGUAUGUCAUGCAUUCAUUUCUCCAGAAGCAAGAGGCAGAUUUGAUAGCUAUUAAAAUAAUUUAUUUUUCUAUCCAUAAGAACUCUUUGUUGUUAUGUUUAGUAGUUUAUGGAAUUAAUUUAUAAAUAAAAGCUCAGAAAUUCUUACUA